GGUCUCGCGCACAAGGUCCGACGUGGCGUAUACUGCUUCGUUUCCGGGCCUACGUACGAAACUCCGACGGAGGCCCGCUUCCUGCGACUCGUCGGCUGUGAUGCUGUCGGCAUGAGCACGGCCCCAGAAGCUAUUGUGGCUGCCCACUGCGGUCUCAAGACGAUCGGCCUCUCUGUCAUUACCAACAAGGCUGUCUUUCCGGGGGAACAAACCCCUGCCGCUUGCCACGAGGAAGUGAUCGAGACAAUUCAGGCCACGCAAAACGACAUCAAAGCGUUUGUGCGUGAUCUGAUCGUCGCGGUCGGCCAGCAGCACCAAUCCUAG